AUGACCAUUCAGACGACAGUCCACGGAAACAGUACGGCAGCACAAGCCACAGCACUGUUGGACUCGGGUUCGUCAGCCAGCUAUGUCACUGGGGGUCUUGUUCGAAGUCUCGGCAUCACGACAGAGAAGUGUCGCAUGGAGACGACGGUGCUCGGAGGCAGCUCUAUCGUCGGGGAAACGGAAAAGGCCAGCCUUGUUAUCGCCAGCCUGGACGGUUCCUACGAAGGCAAGCUGGAGGCAUGGGUGCUACCCACAAUCACUGCAGCCGUGCCACCCGUCGAGUGGGAGCAGCAGAAGGCGAGCUGGAGCCACCUGCAGAGCUUGCCACCGAUGGUGGAUCCCAGCACUGCCGUCGACUUGUUGAUCGGAUUAGACGCGGCAGAGAUGCAUGCGUCUCUUGAGGAGCGUGCGUGCCCCACGGAGGGAGGCCCGACAGCCCGGAAGACGCGCCUCGGUUGGGUACUGUUUGGCCCAAAUGCUGUCAACAAGUCUAGCAAUGGCAGCACUACUCUACUCGGCGUCUCUCAAAGCUCCGGAGCUGAGGAGGAGCUGGAUGAGCUAGUGAAGAAGUUCUGGAGUCUGGAGGCUGUGGGAAUGCAGCCACAUCCGCCUACACCCGCAAUGACUCCAGACGAGAAGGCAGCGGACGACCUCACAGCGGCAACAUUGAGCCAUGACGGUGAGCGUUUCCAGAUCGGCAUACCGUGGCACGGCGGUGGACCUGGACCAGAGGUUCGGAGCAAUUUCGAACUGGCAAAUGGCCGGCUGACCAGCCUCAUGCGGAUGCUGGAGAGGAAGCCAGACGUCAAGCUACGGUAUGCGGCAGUCUUGGAGGAUUAUCUUAGCAAAGGCUACAUCAGACUUCUGGAAGACGUGCCGUCUGUCAGCGCCAACCAGAACUACCUUCCGCACUUCGCCGUUGUUAGAGAAGACAAGGCAACUACCAAAGUGAGAAUCGUCUUCGACGGAGCGGCUAGAAACGGGACCCAUCCCAGCAUCAACGAGCUGAUGUACGCUGGGCCGAAGUUGCAGAAUAACAUGGUCCAUGUUCUGCUCCAGUUCUGCAAGGAUGCCGUGGCUCUUGCGGCAGACAUCUCGGAGAUGUUCUUGCAGGUCAGGCUGAGACCUGAAGACAGGUGCUAUCAUCGAUUUCUGUGGGAGAAGGACGGCAACCUCGUAGCGUUCGAGUUCCUGAGGCUCGUAUUCGGCAUCAAAGCCUCGCCAUACCUGGCAGGACGCGCACUGCUUGAAACAGCGAAUAGGUUUGCUGACACAACGUCCAAGGAAGCCGUGAGAAGUGUGGCAGACAACUUCUAUGUCGACGACCUCUUGAAGUCCUGCAAGUCUGACGAAAAGGCGAUUCAGUUGCGAGCUGAUAUGCAGGCGCUUCUGCUUCAAGGAGGAUUCCACAUUCGGAAGUGGAACAGCAGCUCGUCAGUCGUCAUCCAAACUGUUCCUGAAGCCGACCGAGCUGCAAACACCGAACUUGCCAUCACCGAUCGUGAGGCAGGAGCGGAGCCAACCCAGAAGACUCUCGGCGUGUCAUGGUCGUGCCAGACGGAUUGCUUCACCUUCCACUAUGCUGAACCCAAGGAGUUUGAGUUCACGCGUCGCGGUGUGUUGUCGCAGAUGUGCCGGCUCUUCGAUCCUCGUGGGCAGCUGGCUCCUUUUACGGUACGGGCUCGUGUACUGUUCCAAGAGGCCUGCAUCCGGGACACAGGCUGGGAUGAGCACAUGGAAGAUGAGUUGACAGCAAAGUGGCAGCGCUGGUUUGCCGAGCUCCCGGAGUUGGCCAAGAUCACCAUUCCACGCUGCUUCAAGGAUCCGUCAUCAGAUGAGCCGUUGUCACUGCACAUAUUCACGGAUGCGUCCGACUCGGCGUAUGUGGCGGUGGUCUACACGCGCCAAGAGCUGUCAAAUGGAUUGGCAAGAGUGUCCCUGGCCAUGGCAAAAGCUCGUCCGUCACCCAUUAGGAAGAAGACGAUUCCCAUGUUAGAACUUCGGGGUGCUGUGCUUGGAGCUCGACUAGCUGGUGAGGUAGCUACGGCACUUGACGUUCCUGUGGAACGGCGGCAUUAUUGGACAGACUCUAUGAACGUCCUUUAUUGGAUCAGAUCAUCAAGCAGGAAGUUCAAGAUAGAGGUCGCGAACCGAGUUGCGCAGAUCCAGGAGGAGUCGUCACCAAGCCAAUGGCAGCAUGUACCGGGCAAACUGAACCCUGCCGACCUUCCGUCUCGUGGAGCGUCCGCCAAGCAGCUGUCUGAAGAACAGGGGUGGUGGACAGGACCGGCAUUCUUGAGGACGUCUGAAGUAGACUGGCCGAAGAGACAGAUCAUUGUUCCUGGCGAGCUACCAGGACAGCUGAAGCGCGCGACUUGUCUCACUGCUAACACCACAGCAUCGCCGAGGCUCCAUCCUGACAACUACUCCAACUGGACGCGUCUGAAGAGAGUCUCAGCCUGGGGUAGACGGUUUGUGCGUUGUGCUAGUAGAGGCAAGCACUGUGCGCAGGAGUCCUCAACAUCGGCACAAUCAGCAGCAUGCGACGGUACGUUGGUCUCCCUCCAUUAUCGGCGAACCAAGGAUUCACCGAAGGUGUCCGUUCAGCCGCUCACCGUGUCAGAGCUUCAGGAAGCGGAGCAUUGUUGGAUUCGCUAUGCGCAGAGGGAAGCCUUCUCCGAGUCCUACGAUGCCUUGCGUCAUGGCAGAGAGAUCAGCACUGGUGCCCUCGUGAAGCUGAAGCCGUACCUCGAUGCACAGAGCGAUAUGAUGAAGGUUGGUGGACGUCUGAGUACAGCCCAUCACCUUCCAACGAGCGUUCAGAGUCCAGUCAUUCUACCGUCAAAGCACCGCGUCACGCAGCUGAUCGUCAGUGACGAAGAUGACCGAUGCGGCCAUGUUGUGGGCCUCAAUCACAUUCUGUCUAACUUGUCUGUCAAGUAUUGGAUUGUCAAGGGCCAGUCAGCCGUGAAGCGUCAUCGGAAUGAUUGUGUGCGGUGUAAGCGCACAUGGGCCAAGGCUGCGCAUCCAAUCAUGGGCCAGCUACCAGACUUCCGCACAAGCGGACCUCUUCAACCAUUUGCAAAGGUUGGAGUGGAUUACUGCGGCCCGUUCUACACAAAGCAAGGCCGUGGACGACCGCAGGUGAAACGCUGGGUUUGUGUGUUUACCUGCCUGCAAGUUAGAGCCUGUCAUCUCGAGAUGGCAACGUCAUUGGACACCGAUGGCUUCCUGAUGGCAUUCGACCGAUUUGUGAAGCGCCGAGGUGUACCAAUGGAAGUGGUUUCGGACAACGGGACGAAUUUCGUGGCUGCGGAGAGGCUAAUGAGGGAGGCGGUUGUUGCCCUGGACAACAGCAAGAUUGAAUCGAAUCUGGCUGAUCGCGGAGCGACUUGGCGCUUCAACCCGCCAGCAUCUCCGCAUUUCGGUGGUGUGUUCGAAGCGAUUGUCAAGUCGGUGAAGAGAGCCCUGCAGAACGUGUUGCAACGUGCCGACAUUACCGAUGAGGAACUCAUGACAGCGCUAGUUCACGCCGAAGCAUUCCUCAACUCCCGACCCUUGUCCACGGUGUCAUCAGAUCCCACCGACUUACGGCCAUUGACUCCUUUGAGCUUCCUUAUCGGCCACAUGGAUGUGAGGACAGCUAUGGAAGAGAAUGCCGAUCGUCAGGAGGUGGUCAACCCGCGGCGUCGCUGGCUUUACGUUCAACGGCUGGUAUUGGAAGUGUGGCGAAGAUGGUUGAAGGAGCUCGUGCCGCGGCUGAAUGUACGCGCGAAGUGGCGUGGCGACAAGCGCACGGUGGAAGUUGGCGACGUGCUGCUCGUUGUGAAGAAAGAUACGCCUAGAGGAAAGUGGCCUCUUGGCCGCGUGAGUGAAGUCUUCCCGGGUCCGGACGGCGUAGUGCGAGUCGUGGAUGUCGUGAUCCAGGGGAAGACUUACCGACGCGCGGUGCACAACCUCAUACCACUGGAAGUUACAGAUGAUGAGCAAGCAGUUACACCGGCCAGUGUACCCGCCACCAGCUCUAAAGGUGUCGAUGAAGUGUCUGCCGUAGUAUGA